GGCUGACAUUCGCAGUUAUAUUAACGACGGCUUUGUUCUCUGUUCACGCAACAACUGAGAACUAAGAGAUAUUUUAUUGGGAAAAAACUUUAAAACGAUAGAAAAUUAACUUUAAUUUAAAAAAAUCAGCAUUAGCAGUAAUAAAACAUCUUGACGGAAUAAAAGUUCAACAGAAUAAGCAAGUGAAACAAGAUUUUUGGUGAAAGACGACAUACACAGAAGAAGACAAAAGAGAGAAAAAAGUUUUGUCAGCAGUCUGUCCGGCGAACAGUCACAGUCACACACGAAGAGCGAGCAGAAAAACAGAAAAAAAGUGACAAAAAGUUGGUUAUUUGUGGGUGUACGUGCGUACGUGAGAGGAGGUACGAGAGGAUAUGCCGCUCUUUGGUAAAUCACAAAAGACUCCAGCUGAGCUGGUCAAGUCUCUCAAGGAAGCCAUCAAUGCCCUGGAAACCGGCGGUGAUCGCAAGGCAGAGAAAGCCCAGGAAGAUGUCAGUAAAAAUCUGGUCAGCAUAAAGAAUAUGCUGUACGGCAGCACAGACUCCGAACCACCGGCCGACUAUGUCGUCGCCCAAUUGUCUCAGGAAUUGUACAACAGCAAUCUGUUGUUGUUACUGAUACAAAACCUGCAACGCAUAGACUUCGAGGGCAAGAAACAUGUAGCGUUAAUAUUCAACAAUGUUCUUAGAAGGCAAAUCGGGACGAGAUCACCUACUGUUGAGUAUAUCUGUACCAAGCCGGAAAUCCUAUUCACCCUUAUGGCAGGAUAUGAAGAUGCCCAUCCUGAAAUUGCCCUUAACUCGGGCACCAUGCUGAGGGAGUGUGCCCGCUACGAGGCGCUGGCCAAGAUAAUGAUACACUCUGAGGAGUUUUUCAAGUUCUUCCGCUAUGUUGAGGUGUCCACCUUCGACAUAGCAAGCGAUGCGUUCUCGACGUUUAAAGAGUUGCUAACCCGCCACAAGUUGCUGUGUGCCGAAUUCUUGGAAGCCAACUACGACAAAUUCUUUACCCAGCACUAUCAGCACCUGUUAAAUUCGGAGAACUACGUCACCCGACGCCAGUCACUUAAGCUGUUGGGUGAACUGCUGUUGGAUCGCCACAACUUCACCGUAAUGACAAGAUACAUUUCCGAGCCCGAGAACCUGAAGCUAAUGAUGAACAUGCUCAAAGAGAAAUCACGCAACAUACAAUUUGAGGCCUUCCAUGUUUUUAAAGUUUUUGUGGCUAAUCCCAAUAAGCCGAAGCCCAUACUCGACAUCCUGCUACGCAAUCAAUCAAAAUUGGUGGACUUUUUAACCAAUUUCCACACAGAUCGUUCCGAGGACGAGCAAUUCAAUGACGAGAAGGCGUAUUUAAUCAAGCAAAUUAAAGAGUUGAAGCCACUGCAAGAGGCUUAGUGCGCCAGCAUAACACACCCCGCCGCAUCCAGCCCUCAAACACAGCAACAACAAAUCCUAUGAAGAAUGCCAAAAUGCAUAAAAACGAAAAUUAAAUAAAAACACACAAGACGUUAGAACUGCAUGUAAACAACAACCAUUAGACCUAAAGAAGGAAGCAGAAAAUAAUUUAGUAAUUAUCAAUCAGCAACACACAGACAGACACAACCAAUACUAAUACCCCGAACCCAAAAUAUCACCACCAAUGGCCACUCCUCUAAAUGUCCUGGAAGUUGAUGAUGAUGUAGGACAUGGACUUGGAAUCAAUUUGGAAACUGCUUGGCAGUAUGGUUUUUGUUUUCCUUUUUCUAAUGAUUAUGAUGAUUAAAAAAAGAAAAACAAUAUAGUAAUAGUUCUUAUUUAGUAGUUUAACAAAACGUGUUAAUAUAACGCGACAACCGAAACCGUUUAACGAACGACAGACAGACAAGAACAUGAUGAUGUUGAAGAGACACUACUUUUUAGCUUAUAAUACAAAUUUAUAAAGUAAAAAAAGAAAACAAAAAAAGAACAUAUGAACACUUAAAACAAAAUACAAUAAUAUAAUUAAUUAAAAAUUUAAAAUUUUUAAAAAUAACUGAACAACAACUGAAUUUAACAACUAAACUGAAAACAAACAACAAAAAGUAAUUAUAUUUUAUAACAAAAACAAGAAAUUAACAAAUGCAGACACAACAUAAUAAUAGUAUGGGCAUCUCCUAACUUCGGGAGAAGAGAACGACGAAGCAUAACACAACACAUUCAGACACACAUACAUACACGCCCACUUGCAGUAUAUACUACAUUUCAAUUCCAAACACUUUUCCUUUGCAAACUCCGCCAGUUUGUUUCUACAUUUACAAAAAUAAUAAUCCUUGUAUUUGCCGUGUAUUGAGCGACAUUAAUUUGUUCCGUUAACAAAUUCAGUUAUACUCUUUAUAUUCUUGUAGAUGACUUCCUCACAUCCGCAGUCAUUUCCCCCUCCUAUUCGUUAUUUGUAUCUCAUUAAUGUUAGCAAGAUACUUUUUCUUGAAAUAUUUGUUUUACUUUUUAGAAUUGAAAAUGCAUACAAAUAUAUUUUUGUUAAGCCGAAAUUAAAAAAAAAAUCACAGCAUAUUAAAAAAAUCAACAGCAACAAAAACAUUACUGCAUAUAUUAUUAUAAAUUAUAUUAUUAUAUAAUAAAGGAAAGAAAAACAAUAAAGGAAACACACUAAAAAGACAUCAAAGUCGUAGCCAACGUCGUUAAAAGGAAUUGAGGUGCAAUUUCUUUUUAGAGUCAUCAAUCAAA